GUUGGUGCACGUACUGUCCUUUUCUAGUGCGAAGUUCGAGCUAGCAGAGCAGAGAGACUCUCGCCAUGGCGCUGGCCACCCCGACAGCCGUGGUGCUGGAGCUGAUGACCAUGGGGCAACAGUCCGCGGCGCACCUCGGGGAGCUGCUCCGAGCAGCGUCCCCGCCCGUGCGGGCCGAGCACCAGGCGCUCGCCGCGGAGAUCCUCCGCUGCAGCGACCGGGUGAUCGCCGCGGUGAGCGCGGGCGCCACCGAUAAAAAGAGGAAGAUGACGGACCCUGGCGCCACAUCCUGCCAUCUUCCCUCGGCCGCCAUGCCGUCCAAAAGAAGGGUACGUGCUGCGGAGGCGCACAUAGAGGUCCAGGCGCACACGACGGCGGACGGGUUCGUGUGGAGGAAGUACGGGCAAAAGGACAUCAACGGAAGCAACCACCCGAGGCUCUACUACCGCUGCGCGUUCAGCGGCGAGGGCUGCGCCGCGACCCGGCGGGUGCAGCGGUCGCAGGAGGAGCCCGCGGCGUUCGUGAUCGCCUACUACGGCGAGCACACCUGCGGAGCGGGCUUUGGCGACGCGUGCCAGCAAGGGGCGGCGACGGUGCCUCCUACCGUGGUCGACUCCGGCUCAAACGCUCGUGGAGCCGUUGGUGCCGUCGACUGGAACAGGGGCUCGCUUCUGCUGCCGUCGCUCCCAGCCGAGCACGGCGCACGCCGUCACGGCGAGGCGCCCGGUGACACGUCGCGGGGAUGGUUGUCACCGUCGUCCUCGUCCUACUCGUCGGAGGUGGAACCUGGUGCUUCUUCUGUCGGGGAAUUUCUCGAUGGUAGCUUCGACUGGGAGUGGGAGACCGUUGUCAACUCCCUCCGUUUCGGCGAUCUGCUUCAGUAAAGCUUAGGAGAUGUCUGCCUCAGCUUGCGACACAACCUCACCAUUUAGUGGACAGAUCCGGAGUAUAUUUGCGUUCCGACAUGAACGUGUCACCGUGUACCUAUAACCAUGCCAUGUCGCCACAGGGAACUAGUCGGGAGCAUGAUACCUAAGACAAGUCGGUGGGGUCUUUUGAGCAUCCAAAACGUCACAUAUGCUGGGAGGGACAUGUCACAUCCGAUCGUCCUAGGGCCUUGAGAUUCGCUAUAAGUGAACAUGGAGAACGAGGAAGUUCUUUAAAAAACGAAGAAC